AUGUUUCCCAAUGCACACUACCCAGUGGCACGAACUCCACACAUACGGGAAGGGUACAGUGGUGGGUAUCAACGAGCGAACAAACACACACGCAAUUGGAACACAUCUUAUACACGUCACCCCCGCCGUACCUACGACCGUGAUCCACCACCAUAUACGGCAACGGAUGUGCCAUCGGUAACGGGAAGUUAUGGCCUCAAUGAAAAUUUCAUUGUCGUUGCAGCACCACCAAACGACGUCAACUGCGAAUCUGUUAUCACUAACACACAUGGAAACGCUGCUAAACAGAAUGGCAGCUCACGGGCUACGGUUGAAACCGGUGUUGAUACUAAUGCCUGCACCGGUUCCAUUAGUGAAAAAAGUGAGGGUACCAGAGCUGUGACGUCUAGGGCCGAGAUUGACAAAGGUGUGGAUACUAGUGAAAAGGAGAAGUACAAAGAUCUGCAGAAGCUUCUACGGCGUAUUAUUGACCUGGAGUUCAGCGAACGGUGCACGCAGCGCUCUAUUACUGUGGUCACCACUAUAUGCGACACGCUAUGUGUGAAUCCUGUGGCCGUUGUGAAAGUAAUGGAGGUGAUGGACCAGUGCUUCAAUGAAUCCGUGCAGAACCAGCAGCCUCAGCUUCUAAUGCACUAUUGGUACAUUGUGGAUGCGGUGUUAAAGCAGUUCAACGACAAACCUCCCUUGUUAAAAGCAGCAUUGGUCGCAAUACCACACUUCGUCCAGAAGUACUUGCCGUGGCGUGGCAGCAACCUUGCCAGUCAGUCGUGGAGCAACCUUCAGUCUUACAAAUCCGCGUAUGAAGACAUGCUCGACACCUGGAAAGUUUUCUUGGAAAAACAGACGCAUCAGGAAAUAAUGAAUCUAUGGAGGGAGGGCGUGAAGGAUCAACCUACAGAUGAUACGAAGAGCGAGGUCGGAGGUAGCGGCUUGGCGAGGGACGCGGCGAUCAACACAGGGUAA